GGGACAUUUCUACUGCCACACAGCCCGAUACUGCCACAGUGCUCGCUACUGACACUUUUCAUCCCAAGCAGAAUAGCGCACAUACCGUUUCAAUCAGGUGCGUGUGUGCGAUCGUGAAUGUCAGAAUGACUGGGCAGCACUCCUGUUUGCUAACCUGGCUCAUUCCGUCUCGCCACAACGUUACGUGCAGUUUAUGAGUGGAAGGUAGGUAGACAAGGCCCGCUUCAUGAGCAGCAGAGGUACGUAGGUAGACCGUUGCAAAGGUGAUACUGCUGGCGACAUGCAAUUAUGUAAGCUGGGUGUAGCUAGGCAAGGCGAUCAGCGGGGAGUAAGGAGGACGGGCAAGUCCUUGAUAUACGGGCAAUCCAUGUGUCCGAGCUCCAGAAUGUUGCCACUCGCACAGGGAGCUAACAUCGAACAGGACGCUGAAGAAGACUUGGACGAAGCAGGGUGCAUUCAGCCAGGGUCAACUAUCGUUUGCUAUAGCCUAUAGGAAAGAUGUUGCUGAUUCAACACGCCUGGUCACUGCUACUCCCGUUAGCCAUCGUGUUGCCAUGGUGCUGUGUAGCCCUGCCAACCCGUUUCCAAGGCACCGCAUCACAUGACGACCAGAAUGCAGCGGACACGGGAUUGGAUGAGUCAUCAGUUGAACACAGACGAGCGGAGCGUAGCAGCGGCCCUACUGGCAAUACCAUACAAAGACCUGACGGCCCGGGAAUACCUGGCCAACGCAGCAGCAGCGGUGCCGAUGGUGGCAUAGUUAUGGUACGUUCAAAUCCCAAUGCUGAUCGUCGUCAGAAAAACAUGUUGGCAGUCUUGCAGCCGACUGUGACUAUCAUCCGUAGUAAUGUUAUCGGUCUGCCUAUCCCCAAGAUAUCCACACUGCAUGAUGCCUUGGUGCCGUCAAGCAGUGAAGACAUAUCCGCAAUACAGGACGUGGACACUGUUGAGAGAACCAUCAAGCCAUCGCGAGGUAGCGGCAUUGUAGUUGACAGCGCUGGAGCAGCAGAAGCAACAACAGCGACUACCACCCCGAUCAUAACGACUACUACCCCAUCCAGUAUAGUAACUGACGUCAUCAAACCAACAAGCGGCGAAGCAGACGGGGAAGAAGAGAGGACACGAUCCCGACUAUCGGGAAGAGGCGAUUCCACACCAGAUGAGCAAUUACAGCAGGGUACAGGAGAGAGCUAUCGAUCCGUACCCCGUCCACAGCACCUGAAACCACCACGUUACUAUCCUGUGGACCACGAGUCGUGUCGCAGAGAGAUGACCGAUAUCGUGGUGAGACGAGGCGGCUGUCGUAAGCGUGUCUCGAUCGGUGUCUGCACCGGUACAUGCAUGUCCAAACCAGUCACCAUGAAAAAACAUCCCUACGUGAACUACCACUAUUCCGCCUGCAAGCCGCGCGGUUCCGCAAAGGUUAGGGUGGACAUGAACGACCACGAAUGUCAGGAGCAACGGCUGGAGAAGGGACGGCAGGAUAGAAAUAAAACUUUUAACGACGUCUACCUUCUUAGUGCUAUUAGCUGUUCAUGUUACCAAUUACCCACCAUACCGUUAAACAACAGGCCAUGAACUACAGGCCAUGAACUACAGGCCAUGAACUACAGGCCAUGAACUACUGGCCAUGAGCAGCAGAUUGUCACCUGUUGCCAUCAUCAUAAUAGAAAGAUCAUCUGAGCAGGUGGCUGGUUGAACGUUUUGACCACAAAAAAACACUAUAUAAAUUCCACGCUUUAUCCUACAAGAUCUCAUUAUUUAUUAUUUCAGAAGCAGUGAGUCCAUGACAAUGAUGUCAUUCUCCAUGGUACUCUAUACUAUCAUACGUCAUCAUGUUGAACCUCUUGAGUAGUAAAAUUAUGACUGUACAUUUCUAUUAAAAUUAACGUUGCCUUUACACUAAAGCCCGCACCAUUACACGUGCAAAGGCUUGUCCAUAUUAAAAUAGUCACUAUGUAAGAAAACACUGUGUAAUUUGUAAGGAUACCAUUGUUAUGCCUAGCUAGUCAACACCACAGCACCGCCCUACAUCAGCAUCGCUUCACAAUGUAUUUGUCUUUUUUGCCAAAGUAAAAUAAAAUAUUCCAUACCAUACCCCUAGUACAGGUUUAUGUUGCUGUGAACUAAGCGAUAAACGUACAUUCAGUUUCUCUUCAUUCGUCAUUGUUACCUUGGUUACGGCAGACCACUACCCUACAUUGGAUGGUCUUAAUCAUCUAGUUCACACCAGGUUAUAUAAACAUACUCACAUUGACUUUGCAUGUCAAGUCAGUACAGUAGCUACAGCGCUUUACAGCCAGAGCUGAGGCUUUUCUUCAUCAA